GUAAUAAACUAAGAAGAAAUGAUAUAGAAUAUUAACAUAAUUAUCAUAUUUACAUAAUGGGAAACGAUACUUCUCAUUUAAACGGCUUAGAAAUAGAAGAGAAGGCAAUAGAAGUAACUGACUUCUGGUCACAUUACCAGGCUACUAUAAAAGACAGUUGUAGGUACUUUAGUUUGAAGAGUGAUGGGUCAGUUUCCGUUUUUAAAGGAGAAAUAGUAUUAGGUCCAUUAUGGACAGUAUCAACACCUUUAGAAAAAUUUUCAAACAAUCUUUUAAAAUAUCGGCAUCCAUGCAUAGUGAGAUAUUUAUCAAGUUGGCAACAAAGAUCCACAUUCCACUUGGCAACAGAAUAUGUCCAGCCUUUAGCACACAUCUUGAAUUCACAAACACCUCUUCAAAUUUGUAUAGGACUUAAUAAUAUUUUGCAAGCUUUAGUUUUUCUUCAUGAACAGGCAGGAAUGUCACACAAUAAUGUUGGUGUAUCGUCUGUUUAUGUAUCUGGGGAUGGACAAUGGAAACUAGCCGGCUUACAAUAUUUGUGUACAUUUAACGAGUUGAAUGUUGCUUAUUUAAAACAUGCUAGAAUACACAGGUAUGACAAAGCUAUAGACCCAAAUGAAGAUUCACAAGAAAUAAGUUCAAAAGUAGAUCAGUAUGCCUUUGCAGUAUUAGUCGAAGAUGUCUUUAAAGGUCACAGUGAUGAUGAAGUACCUCACUUAAAAGAAUUUAAAGCAUACUGUAGAAGUUGUUUGCAAAAUCCAAAUCCUGAGAAAAGACCUAACUUAUCAGAAGUAUUAAAAGAUAAUUUUUUUAAUCAUGAAUUUAUUACCAUUUAUAAGUUUCUUAAUUUCCUACCUUUAAAGAGUGAGGAAGAGAGAAAUGAAUUCUUCUCAAACAUUUUGAGCCAUCUCAAGGUUUAUGACGAAGAAACUGUUGCAAAGCAACUUGGCGGGUUAUUACUAUCAAGACUUACUCUACUAGAUCAAACAGCACGAAAAGAUGUGCUACCAUUCAUUUUAAAACCUAAAAAUGACAGAUUACAAUUUGGUGAAUCCACUGGAUUCUUUAGUCUUAGUAUAUUUAAAGAGCAUCUAAAACCAAGACUACUCCAGUUGUUUAGUGUCAGAGAUAGUCAAAUUCGCAUGCUUUUACUGUCUCAUUUUACCAAAUUUGUUCAUGUAUUUACACAUGAAGAACUAUCUCAGCAAAUCUUACCAGAGUUGCUUCUGGGUAUAAAAGAUACAGAUGACAAUCUAGUUGCAUCUACCUUAAUUUGCCUCAGUGAAUUGGUACCAAUACUAGGAGCUGACACAGUUGUUGGAGGGAAAAGAUCAAAGCUAUUUACAGAUGGUAGACCAAAGGGGAAUUUAACAAAAUCUAACACAAAAAUUGAUCCUGAUUUUUAUUUAGCUAACAAAGUAUUAAGAGAUUUUCACUCUCCUCAAACAAUAUUCCCGGAUGAUGGAAGUACAUCUACAUUUGGAUUUGAGCAAACUAUAACACUUAAUGAAAGACCUUCUCCUGUUGGGGGUGAAGCUAUAGAAAAUGAUGUUAUAACAUCAGAUACUCAGAGGAACUUUGCAUUGCAUUCAGAGGAUGACUGGGAUGAUUGGGAUAACUCUAACAAACAAUUAGUGACUAUAGAUGACAAACCAAUUAUUAAAAAUACUACAGAUACAGUAUUAAUGGAGGAAAAUUCACAGGACACCAAGUCGUUAUCUAAACUUUUAACAACAGAUAAAGAAACAGUGUCAACAAAAGCCACUUUACUGCAGAAAGCUGCUUUUGAAGCGAAAAAGAAUAUGGUAGAUAUAUCUGAGCUAGACAUCAAGAAUCAAAAGAUUGAUAUGAACAAUAAAAAGGACGAUUUUGACUUUUUUGCUGAUAUGAUGCCAGUUAUAGAAAAACAAAAAGUUGUUACGAUUAUUGAGAAGCCUGAUAAUUUUACUAAGUUGAAUUUUAUACCUGGUGAUGAAGCAGAUGAAAAUGAAGGUUGGGGAGAAAAUUGGAAUGAUUAAAUUUCAUUUGGGGCUGUAACCUGUUCUAUCAUACUUACAAACUGAAAAUGUGUAAAAGUUAGACAUUGUCACAUUUAUGCAUAAAGGAAUAAUUGACUGAAAAUGUCUAAAUUGUACUCUCUGCCUUUCUUCUGGAGUAUCGUAACUAAUAAUUCUAAAACUUAUUAGUAAAAUACACAACCCUAACUAUAACUGCGAAAGAAAUAAAAUUAUAUUUGUCACAAUCUUGAUGGAAAGCCAUAUGUAUCAAAUAAAAAAAUCAUAAAAUAAUCUUUGUAUCUUAACUAUAGUCAAGGUUGUGUUAUUAAAUUAAAUAUUUAUGUAAUAUAAUCAGAAAUUAUACCAUUAAUAAAUAAGACAAUGUAAAUAUGCACAACCAUGGGGAAUAGCAUUUUUCAUAAUAUUUAAUAAUUUCGUAUCAUAAGGCUUUGUCAUUUUUGAUGCCCUAUAUCUGGCAAGUGUGUCUAUAUAUAAGCAACUUCAAGAUUAGUAUAAUUCCUGUUUCUUAGUAGUACCAGAAUUUGUUUUUGAUGUAUUACUUAUGCCACAAAAAAAUAGUAUGUUAAGGUAUAUUGUUGGCAUAGCCAAAUAAACAUGACAUUUUUGUGUUUAAA